AUGGACCCAAACCUAAAAGCUUGUUUCUGGUUGCAGAUUUCUGGUCCUUCAGGGUCAGGCAAAACCGUUUGGGUAAAAAAGUUUCUUGAAAACUUACCGCAAAUGAUUAACCGAAACGUUGACCAAAUCAUAUAUUGUUAUGGAGAAUAUCAGCCUAUUUUUGACGAAAUACGACAAAACAUGCCAGAGAUACAAUUUUAUGAGGGUCUCCCUGAUGUCAAAGGCAUAACUGAUCCGUCCUUUUAUACGUUAAUGAUCAUUGAUGACCUUCAAAAUGAAUUACUGGAUAAUUUAGAACUUGCAAAUUUGUUUACCAAAGGUUCACAUCACCGUUCCAUUUCAGUAAUAUUUUUACAGCAAGCUUUAUUUAAUAAGGGGAAAUUUUCUCGCUUAUGUUCGCUGAAUUGUCACUAUAUGGUUGUUUUCAAAAGCCCUAGGGACCAGACAGUUAUUUCGACUCUUGCACGCCAAAUGUAUCCCGGCUGUGGUCAAUAUCUAAUUGAGGCUUAUAAAGACGCGACCGAGGAAGCAUAUUCCUACUUAUUAAUAGAUUUGCACCCUCAAACUGAAGAUAAAUAUAGAUUACGUGCAAAAAUAUUUCCAGAUGAGCGGCAGGUUUUUUACGUUAAAAAGUGA